AUGAGAGAAGAAGUGUUCACACAUCACGUCAGGGAGAGUAGAGCCAAUGCCAGAAGGGGUAGCAGUGCGGAUGCCACACGAGAAAUCGAUCCCGACUUUUUGGAUGCUCUUCCGGAUCAAAUCAGAGAAGAAAUCCUCCAACAGGAGUCCAUAUCCUAUCCUUACCUGCAUCAGGAUGAAGAAGAUGAAGAUGUUGAUGACUUUGAAAGUGAUAAUGAAGCUGUGAAUAUUUCAGAAAGACCUCCACCGCAGGAAGUACAACCUGAAAAGAAGCUGAAGAAAAAGAUUUUGUUCAAGCCAUUAGUGGACAAAGCCGGUGUUGCUUCAAUUGUUAGGUUGUUGUACGUUCCUCAAAGUAUGACUAAGCGUGAUAAUAUCCAUCAAACGUUGAAGUAUUUGUGUUACAAUAAGCAAACACGAGUUGAAGUUGUCAACUUGCUUGUGUUUAUCUUGUUUGAAAGUCUCGUCAAUUACAAAUCAAAUGACAAGAUUUUCCAUCACUUGACUAUCAAAUCGCAGAAGGAUUCUACAGGAAAGGUAAAGACAAUCUUGCCCUUGAAUGCUUCUCCAUUUGUAGUUGCCGAUCAAGUACUUGAUUUGUUACUUUUCUUAUUGGAGAAUAACAAUCAAUUGAGAUACUUCUUUUUGACUGAACAUGAGAAUCCGUACCUUACGAAAAAUAAGAAACAUGGAAAAGAGGUUAUCAGCAAGACUAACAGGUACCAGAUCAACUACUUGUUGAGAUUACUUGAAAACAACACAUUGAGAGAAGAUCAACCGUUCAUGGAUAUCUUAUCAAGGAUCUUGCAGUUGACAUCCAGACCCUUGAAGUUAUUAAAAAGAAGCGAUGAAUCCAAUAAGCCUAUUCCCUUCAGUCCUCCUUAUAUUCCUGAUUACUUGUUCAACAAAAUGGUGAAUAUCCUAACGUCGAAUGAAUGCCCGAAUACCACUUUUACCAGAGCUAUUUCGGCAAUGCAGAACUUCACCAAUUUAGAAGAUGCUCAGAGGAUUUUCUCUGCUGAGUUGAGUGACCAAGCAACCAAUUUGGGCAAGUCAAUCAUCAAAGACUUGAACAUGUUGACUCAAGAACUUGGAAGUGGUAAGUAUGAUGGUGAAAGCAAAACGUUUUCAAAGUUCAAUGCUUCGAGUUCUGAUCAAGCCAAACUUUUAAGAGUCUUGACAGCUUUGGACUACAUGUUCGAAACCAAUGACAAAAAGAAUAAGCAGGUUGUUGAUGAUGUGGAAGAGUUGGCUGAGUUGUACAAUAAAUUGGCAUUGGGAUCUUUAUGGGAUGCUUUGAGUGAUUGUUUGGAUGUUUUGGAAGAAAAUUCCCAUUUAUCGAACAUUGCAACUAUCUUAUUACCAUUGAUUGAAGCUCUUAUGGUGGUGUGUAAACACAGUAAAGUUAAGGAAAUCCCUGUGAAAGAUGCCAUUAAAUACAAAGCAAAGAAGGUUGACUUUACCAAGGAACCAAUUGAAAGUUUGUUCUUUUCAUUCACUGACGAACAUAAAAAAAUCUUAAACCAAAUGGUCAGAACUAAUCCUAACUUGAUGAGUGGGCCAUUUUCAAUGUUAGUCAGUAAUCCAAAGGUGUUGGAAUUUGAUAAUAAGAAGAACUACUUUGAUAGAAAGUUACACGAGAAGAAGAAUGAAGAUAAAGCAUUGGCUAUUAAUGUUCGUCGUGAUCAAGUAUUCUUGGAUAGUUACCGGGCAUUGUUCUUCAAGUCCAACGAUGAGUUUAAGAAUAGCAGACUUGACGUUAAUUUCAAAGGAGAAUCUGGUAUAGAUGCUGGAGGUGUCACUAGAGAGUGGUAUCAAGUGUUAUCGAGACAAAUGUUCAACCCUGAUUAUGCCUUGUUCACACCUGUGUCUUCUGACUCAAACACGUAUCACCCCAACAGAACGUCAUAUAUAAAUCCUGAGCACUUAUCGUUCUUCAAGUUCAUUGGUAAGAUAAUUGGAAAGGCCAUUUUUGAUGGAUGCUUUUUGGAUUGCCAUUUCAGCAGAGCCGUCUACAAACAGAUAUUGGGCAGAAGUGUGUCGUUCAAGGAUAUGGAGGCACUGGAUUUAGAGUACUUCAAAUCAUUGAUCUGGAUCUUGGAAAAUGAUAUCACCGACGUGAUCACUGAGGAUUUCCUGGUUGAAACCGAUGACUAUGGUGAGAAGAAAAUCAUCGACUUGAUUCCUAAUGGCAGAAAUAUUCCUGUUACAGAAGAUAACAAGCAAGAAUACGUCAAGUUUGUUGUUGAGUAUCGAUUACAACGGUCGGUUUCUGAACAAAUGGACAACUUUUUAAUAGGAUUCCACGAAAUGAUUCCAAAAGACUUGGUAUCAAUUUUUGAUGAGCAAGAGUUGGAGCUAUUGAUCAGUGGAUUACCCGAUAUCGAUGUGCAAGACUGGCAAAACAACACCAUUUACAAUAACUAUUCCCCUUCCUCGCUCCAAAUCCAGUGGUUCUGGAGAGCCGUCAAAUCGUUUGACAACGAAGAACGGGCUAAGUUGUUACAGUUUGCUACCGGAACUUCGAGGGUUCCUUUGAAUGGGUUCAAGGAACUCAAAGGUGCCAAUGAUGGGUCCAAGUUCAGUAUCCACCGAGACUACGGCAGUAUCGAAAGAUUGCCAUCAUCACACACUUGUUUCAACCAGAUUGAUUUACCAGCAUACGAAUCGUAUGAAACUUUACGGGGGUCGUUGUUACUUGCGAUUACCGAAGGACAUGAAGGGUUUGGUUUAGCAUAA